AUCGGGAAGGAACCUAAAGUCGACUCCAUCGCAGUUUUCAGCGUUUCCAGUCGGUCGACGGCGGCGGAGUGCGGCGGUUUUGCUGCGUUUGAACAAUGCCAGAGCUUCCGGAGGUGGAAGCGGCGCGCAGGGCGGUGGAGGAACACUGUGUGGGGAAGAAGAUCAAUAAAUGCACCGUAGCUGAUGAUUCGAAGGUAGUCGACGGCGUCUCCCCGAAGGACUUCGAAGCAGCGCUCGCUGGGAAAACUAUAGUCGCCGCGCAUCGGAAGGGGAAGAAUAUGUGGCUCGAGCUCGAUUCACCUCCUUUUCCCACGUUUCAAUUCGGAAUGGCUGGAGCUGUAUAUAUCAAGGGAGUUGCAGUCACUAAAUACAAGAGGUCUGCUGUAAAGGAUACAGACGAGUGGCCCUCUAAGUAUUCUAAGUUAUUUGUUCAACUAGAUGAUGGUUUGGAAUUCUCUUUCACAGACAAGAGGCGGUUUGCUAAAGUCCGUCUGAUUGACAAUCCAAUUUCUGCUCCCCCUAUCUCUGAGCUUGGUCCUGACGCAUUAAAGGAACCCAUGACGGAAGAUGAGUUCUAUAGUGCUUUAUGCAAGAAGAAAAUUGGGAUUAAGGCCCUUUUACUCGACCAGAGUUUUAUCUCCGGUAUUGGUAAUUGGAUGGCUGACGAAGUGCUCUAUCAAGCUAGAAUUCAUCCACAGCAAGCUGCUUUGAGCAUGUCCAAAGAUAGCUGUGCAACCCUGCUCAAGUCCAUUAAUGAGGUUACAAUAUUUGCCGUUGAAGUGGAUGCUGACAGCCUCCGAUUCCCUGUCGAGUGGUUGUUUCAUUAUCGCUGGGGCAAAAAACCUGGAAAAGUAAUCGAAAAGGCUAUUCACGUCGGGGCAGAUAGUAGUCAGUUCCCUAGUGAUUGGAUUUUCCAUUCCCGGGAAAAGAAGCCCGGCAAGGCUUUUGUUGAUGGGAAAAAAAUUGCCUUCAUCAAUGCCGGUGGCCGGACGACAGCCUAUGUGCCGGAGUUGCAAAAGUUGCCCGGUGAUCAAGCUGUAAAAGAAUCGCGGAAACUAUCAAAAGGCGCAUCGUCUGGCAAUGGUGACGAAUCUGGAAAUGACGAGGAACUUGUGCCACCGAAUCCCAAGAAGGACAAAAAGACUAGUCGAGCUAGGCAGCACUCCACGAAGAAGAGGGCGAAUGGAAGUAGCGACGAUUCUGAAGAAGAUGAGUCUGGAAAUGUAUCUUCAAAGAGACCUGCUAAAAGAAAAGCAAAGGAGAACGACAAGGCGAGGAGACAAACAAGAGGGAGAACUAAAGUCGAGCAAAUUGAUGAUGAGGCGAGCAACGAAAGUGGUAGUGAAGAUGGAGAGGAAGAACCUCCGGAUGUCAAGAAUAGAACGCCGUCCAAAAAAAGGGCCGCGCCAAAACAAAAAGGGAGGCCGAAGCAGAAAGCAAAGUAA